AUGGCUUUAAAAAAUGAAUAUUCUGGGUUUUGUUUCCAUAAACAAAAAUUAAAUAAAAUUGAUAGAAUUGAUAAAAACAUUAGUGCUGAACAAUUUUAUUUGGAUUACGUUUUAAAAAGAAAACCAUGUUUAUUAAAAAGUGAAUAUAUAAUUGGAGAGAGAUGCAAUAUAGAUAUAAAUUUUAUGAAAGAAAAUGUAGAAAAUUCAUAUGUUGAAUUAGAACAAAAAGUAUCAAAUUCUUUCGGGAUAGGAAAAAAAAAAAAAAUGAAAUUUCAUAAAUUUUUAUCUCUAAUAGAAAAAGGAGAUAGUAAUUAUUAUUUGAAUACACAAUAUAUAAAAGAAAAUCCAUAUGGUCCAACUGAUUUUUGCAAUUCAAUUACACGCCAAAUGAUAAAUUUCCUGCCAAAAAAAUUAAAGAUAAUGGGUAAUUUAGAAAUUUAUCAAUACAACAUUUGGUUGGGAAAUAAUGAAGACAAAAAUUUAAAAACAUUUUUGCAUCAUGAUUAUCAUGAUAAUAUUUAUGUUUUACUAAAAGGGAAGAAAAUAUUUCGAAUAUAUAGCCCAAAUUUUGCUUAUGAUUUAAAAACAAAUGGAAAUAUCAAUCGUAUUUAUAACAAUGGAUUAAUUACCUAUUCUCCAUUUAUUAGAAGUGAUGGAUCACAUUAUUUUGAUGUAUACAAAAAAAAGAUAGAUAAAGUAUAUAGUGAUAUCAAUACAAUGAAUGAGCAUUUAAACAAAGAAAACAAUUUAAUAGAAGAUAAAAUAAUAGAAAAGUGCAUAAAUAAAGCAGAAAAAAAAUUAAAUAAAUUGGAGAACAAUAUUUUAGAUUAUAAAUUACGUAAAUCUAAAUUUCAAUACAAAGAAAAAAAAAGAAAUGAUAUUCCAAACCAUUUUUGUAUUCUCAAUACUACUGAGAGAAAAUAUGAACUUGAUAUAUUUAAUGAUAACACAGAUAUAAAACAGAAAUACAUUGAAGUGUGCAUGAAUGAAGAAGAUAUAUUAUAUUUGCCUUGUGGGUGGUUUCAUGAAGUCAAAUCAUUUUCAGGAGAAAAAUAUCAUUUAGCAUUUAAUUAUUGGUAUUAUCCACCUUACAUAAAGAUGAAUAGUUCUGGAGAAGCGCAAAAUAGAUUUUGUCAUCCUUAUGUAGACAAAUACCUAAGUGAAAGAAAUAAAAAUUUAUAUAAAAAAAUUGGAAUUUUUAUCAAAGAAAAUGUUCCAAAUAUAAAAGAUAUUUUAUCGUAUUACAUUAAUUAUGACACAAAAAAAUGUAAAAAGAUAAAAAGGAAAAAAAUAAAAAGAUUUUCACAAAAAAAAAGGAUUAAGAAUAUUUGA